AUGGACUUUGAGCAUUGCCGAAUGGGAUAUGGGUGGAUUCUUAGGGAUGCAGCGGGCGUGGUGAAGGGGGCUGCGACCUCUACGGUUCAAGGGAUUUAUUCUGUUAGAGAGGCCGAAGCCAUUGGGGCUCGUGAAGCUUUGAGUUGGAUCAAAAACAAAGGAUGGUCCCAAGUUGUGCUUGAAACUGAUGCGCAGGUGGUGACAAAUGCUAUGGUAGCAUAUCAGAACUUCACCCCGUUUGGAAUGAUCAUUGCUGAGGUUCGUGGGCUUUUGAAGCAUCUGCCUUUGGUUCGGUUUGUUUUUACAAAGCGGAAUGCAAAUGUUUCAGCUCAUCUGUUAGCCAAGUAUGCAUUGUGUAAUUCUGGGGAGGGGUGA